AUGCCGAUCGACCUUAGAAAAGCGCUCAAGACAGACGAUCCCAAGUGGGAUAAGCUCAAGCAGAGUUACAAAAAGGUCGAGACCGGUGCUUGGAACGUCCUGGCACCAGUCGGUCAGUGGUCCAAUCGCACCGCCGGCAAGCUGGGUGCUGAAUCAUUCUGGCCCACUGAGCUUGGUCUGGAAUGCGACAAAGCUGCCAGAAUCCUGCGUACCUUUACCGCAAAGGGCGCCUCUGUCGAAGUAUCUGCCAACGAUGCUGCUGGUAUCAGCGACCAGUCCGCUGUGGUACCUCCGCCAGCGCCCAAAUACGACGAGAAAGGCAAGAACGUCAAGGACCCACAUAAAUACGACAGCCGUAAGACGCAAAAGGUCAUCCGCAAGAUACCUCCCAAGGUGCUUCAGAAGGCGCACGGACUUGCCAUCUUCACCGUGUUUCGAACAGGAUUCGGCUUCUCUGGUGCAUCAGGCUCCGGCGUUGUGCUAUCGCGUCUGCCAGAUGGAUCGUGGUCUGCACCCUCGGGCCUCUUGAUCCAUACGCUUGGGUACGGGUUUCUUAUCGGUCUUGAUAUCUAUGACGUCGUCCUGGUGCUUCGUAAUCAGAAGGCGGUAGACGCGUUCAAACGCCCAAAGGUCAGUCUCGGUGGUGAGCUCACAGUUGCCUUUGGCCCCGUCGGCAACGGCGCCAUGGUAGAAUCCGGCCUCGAGGCAGCACCGUGCUGGUCGUACGUCAAAAGCAAAGGCUUCUAUGUAGGCUUGCAGCUAGACGGCACCAUCGUCUUGAAGCGCGAAGAUGAGAACGGACGAUUCUACAAUGCACCUGGCAUCAAAGCUGAAAACAUCCUCUCUGGUCAGCUGCCAGGACCUGUCCCUGCAGCUGUGAUGCCCCUGUGGCAGACGAUCUACGCUGCUGAAGAAAGACCCGAGUUGAUGGGCACCGACCGAAUUCCUGAAGGCACUACGCCGGGUGAUCUUGAGAUGACGGAGGAAGAUAUGAAAGACGCCAGUAGCCUCGCUUCGAAGGAGCAUCAGCAGCAGCAACAAUACGGCACAGCUGUAGCACCCGUCGGAAGUCUUUCAUCGCGAAGAGUGCCGCCUCCUCCUUCUGUUCAAGCUACAGCACCCGGCUCGAGCAAUUCCGCAGCUGUUUUGGAGCCUACCUCUCGAACCUACGCAGACCUCCCACCUGAUUACGAGUUCGCCAACGCUCCUGUCACGCAGCAAGGGGGAAAGCAGCUGAACAAUUCUGCUUCAGAUCAAUCAUAUCAACCUCGCUCAGAUGACCUGCCUCCAAAUCCCUUCUCACACCCCGGAGAUGCUCCUGCUGGCGCUGCCCAGUUCGAAUCCGCGGAGCAGGAAAAGGCAAGGCUUCAGCAGCAGUAUGUCGCUGCUCCGGGAGUUGGGCCCGCUGCGCACGCUACCUCGUCGCUUCCUGGGCAGGUAGAAGCUCUGUACGACUUUGAUGGACAGGAACAGGAAGAUCUCCCCUUCAAGACGGGCGACAUCAUCCAAGUCACCGGGCAGGAAGACGAAAUGUGGUGGCGUGGCUUGCUCAAUGGCCGCUCUGGCAUCUUCCCAUCAAAUUACACUCGAGCUCUUUGA